AUGGAUGUGGUGGUGGUGAAAACACCUGAUUUGGCUCGAGGGUCGAAUCAGCUUGAUGUUCAGGAGCUGAGCCGUGUAACCGAUCAGUUAGACGAUGACUUGGCUCAUGAACUGAGUCGGCAUUAUGAGCUUCAUGACCUUGUAAGGGAAAAUUACAAUUCCUUAGCGUGCAAUCGUUCGAACGAUCGUGCCGAUUUUGCGUUCGCGCAACUUAAGAAUGAACGUUCGACUCGUCCUCUUCGUGACGAGCUGGCUAGAGUUCGUCAAGACAUCGCUCAACUGCGUGAACAGGUCGCUUCGCUAGUCGACCAGACUGGCUCGUUGAAACGGGACCACUCGAAGGUGGUCUCGGCUCUCGACCGCGGAGGUGUUCUUCGCCUCUUAAAAAGGGCUCGUACUGAUAUUACGGGCGGAGACGUCCAACGUCAAACGUAG